CACCCAGCGAAUCUCUGUUGUCUCCUUUAGUCCCUAGGGUUUGAAGCCUACAAUUUUUUUUACCUAAUCCCUCUUUGGUUGCAUUCUCAUGCCGAUCCUUCGUCAUGAGGUUAGUCUUCAUCUCAGUAUCUUUCUUUCUUGGGGCUAGUAAGCUUUGCCUGAAGCUCAGAAAUCCCAACCUGAAAUUUUAUAAAAUUAUUUAUAGCUUUUAACUGUCAAAGGUAUUGCUACAUGGCAAUCUCUUCUAAUUUUUCAUUUGGGUCUCCAUCGAAUCCGUCGUUUGAUCCCCAUUUCUAGCAAGUUUUAUUUUUAAAGGUUGUUUGCUGUGAUUGUGAUCUUGAAAAGGUUUGUUUCUAAAGAGUUGGUCAUCCACUCACCUUUUUUUUUUACCACUUUUCAGUCAAAUUUAGGUUGCUUUAAAGCACCCCUACCAUGGGUUUUCUAGUACUAAUGGCUUCUGUCUUAGCAGUUUCUCACCUAUACUGAGUAAAGUUUUGAGUUGUUCUUGCCAGUUUUAGUACUAUCUCUUUUUGUACUUUAACUAUACUAUCCAUUCUCCAACGAUACACUCUGCCACAUUCCUAUACAUCUCCCUCUCUCAAAAUGGCUCCAUCUGCUACAAAAACAACGAAAGCAAAAGCAACGAGGAGACCAAGAAGAACCCAUUACAAGAAGCGGCUGGUCAAGUCCAAGAACAUCCAAGAAACAUCAAUGUUGGAGGAUAUCUCUUCCUCCACCGCCACUACCUCAAGCUUCAAUACUUGUUCCAAGAUUGAUGGCUUAGAUUUCGAGGGUGUUGAUAUCUCUACAAGUUCAUGCUCUACACCAAAAGCUCAGAGAUUUCGGAUACCAAAGAUCGUUACUUGCCCACCUGCGCCGAAGAAGCAAAGAGUGAUUUCAAAUUGCUCAUUGCAAAGGAGACCGAUAGCUUUCUUUGCCCCUCCAGACUUAGAGCUAUUCUUCUUCUUUGCUCUUCGCGAUAUCUCAGUCUAGAGUUUGUUCAUAUGAUAUGAAGAUCAUUUCAAUAUAGUGUAAGAGGUGAUCCUUAUAAAAUCUCUCUUGAGUUACAUAGUUUGUGUUUUUCUCAAUCUGAUCAUUAAGAUAUAUUAUAAGAGCUAGUUUGAGCUUUUGUUAGCUUUGCUCUUUUUGGUUUACUAAUUAAGCUAGCUGGUUUUCCAAUUUGAUGGGUAUACUAAUCACUAAGUUUAGCUGGGGUUGUCCAACUAAAUUUAGGCUUAAUUAUGUCUACUGUUCCUUCAAUAUUUAUUUCAUUUUUAGGUGUGUAUUGUUGACUUUGGGAGUUUGAAGAGUGAGAUGUAAUGGCUUGAUUUAAGGUUUAAUUGUGAGUGUGAUUUUAGCGUGCAA